GUGUGUUGUUGGUGUGUUGGUGUAUGUGAAUGAAGGAUGGGCAACAAAGCUCAACGAGGGGUACUCUUAGGUUUUAUACCCUUGCGUUUGCUGAUGCACGAAACAGAGGCAAGAGCUCUCACCCAUGUGGACCUCCUAUGCAUCAUUGGCCCGCCUGGCUCCCCGAUUUUUCUCGAAGCUCUUCUGGAAGCAGCUUGGCCAAGUGAGAAUUGCCCCUCACUUGGAGGGGUAACCAAGUCUCCACACGCGUCGCCGGAGCAACUUACCCGCGUGCAAGACUGACAUCUCCCGUCAUUAUGGUACCGUUCCUAGUGAUUCUAGAGCACUGUUGAGCUUCA